AUGCUGAAAAGGCUGACGCUCUUAGAGAAAGCAUAUUCAAAGCAGAGGAAAAAGGAAGUUGAAAGAAUCCGGGCCGAAGAGGUGAAAAAUGAGCCGAAAAAAGAAGCCAUUAAAACGUUCGAAAAACAAAAUAAAUUACAAGAUCGUCGAAAGGAACGCGAAAGACGCAUGACCCAAGAGGUAUCGUUGCUGAAACCAAGCCCAUCAUUCACUGAAGAAACAUAUGCAUCAAGUACGUUACCGCAUCCUCGACGGGGCACUGAGCCGGUUCCACGCAUCCGAACCUCAUCAUUCGAAUCAAAGGUAUUUUUCACUGGUUUUUUUUUAGAAACCCAUAUAUUUAUCUUUUGA